CCUCCUUUUCAUACGAAACACAGGCGCAAUGGUGUUUAACUUGGGUUGCGUCCGAGCCCGGUCCUCAUUGGGGAGGCUACAAGUACCUGGGUAGGAUGGGAUUUUGAGCCUGAGAGAUGAUGAUGAUGACGAUUACUAUUUGCUGUCUAUGAAAAUUAAAACAGCGAGUCAUUUCGGUACAGGUGGUUUCAAGUGGCAUAGUCUUAGAUUACUUGUUCAAGCUAUGCAAUCUGCAACUAGAUUAAGUUUCUGUUUGCAUUACCUGUAUCGGUUACCGAGACCAUCGAAAGACCCCCGAAAGACUAUAUAUUACAGUCCCGUAUAUUUUGGACAACCCUGUAGAAAAGGAACUCGACAACCCCCAGCCAGCCCUAUCAAGCAGAAAUAAAAUAGAAAUAAAGAUAAGAGGAAAAGACAAGCAAGACCCCGAACAACUCUCCUAUCAGUAAAAAGAGAGA